UUUCACUAACGUUCUCAAACUGAGAUAAAUCUCAACUUGAGAUUGUCUCAAUAUUGACUGAGAUUUUAUCUCACUUGAGAAAACUCUCAAGUUGGCUUUCACUAAACUUUUUCUCAACAGUUGAGAUUUUUCUCAGCUGAGACUUUCAUUUUCUCAAUGCAUGAGCGGCCUUCUUCACACUUCCGUCGAAUCGCGCAUUGAAACGUCAUUUUCCGCGAGAAUUUUCCCGUAAAAAUGUCAUUCGUCUGCUUCCAAAAUAUGGACUCGAAAGUGACAAAGAGAGCUCCAUGGCCAGAAAAAGCCAAACUUCUGGCCAUGGAGAAGUAUAUUGAACGGCAAGAUUUUCUAACGGGGAAAUUUAAAGGUUGCGGCGAUGGAGGGGUGUCGUUCAAAGAGAAAGAAGAGAUUUGGCAAAGUAUUGCCGACUCCGUCAAUGCUAUAUCUGAUACCCCCAUCAAUGUUGUCCAGCUAAGGAAACAAAUCACCAACAUAAGGCAAAGAGCCAAUGAAAAGCUGGACAGCAACAAGAAGACUGGUGGGGGAAAGACUGCAGCUUUCACUGCCAGUGAGAAGCUAUGGAUAGAGGCAACAUCCAAAAAAGCCUCUGUCCAUGGCUUAAACACAAGCCUUGACACCGAAGGGGCUGUGUGUGCCAACAAGGCAUUGACAAAUGCUGGAAAGGUAGUACUGCCAGAUGACCAUGACCUAGGUGCUGUGUGUGCCAGCAUACCAGUGGCAGAUACUGGUAAGCCACUACCAGAUGAGCAUGAUCAAGAUGGCAAGGCAAAGAAUGAUGUUUCCCUGCUCAGAGUUUCAAACUAUGGACAUUCUUCAGGCAGCAGUACAGAAAGACGACGUAGGUCAGAAAAGGAAUUAGAAAAAGACAACUUAACUCUCGACAACAAAAGAAUAAAAACUUGACACUGAAAGAAUAAUAAAGGAAACUUAUAAAUUAGAAAAGGAAACAGCGAAAAUCGAAAAAGAAACAGCGAAAAUUGAAAAAGAAACCGUGAAAAUUGAAAAAGAAAUAGAAAAUAUAAAAUUGAAAAAAUCAAUUUUAGAAUUAAUGUUGUCAAGACUGGCAGAGGAUCCCCAUUCUGUCAGUUUAUUAGAUAAAUUUGAUUUUGAUUUUUAGCUAUUGUAGUCAUCCGAGCAUCGGCGUCUGCGUAACCACUUAUGUUAAAGUUUUUGUAAUACCUCAAAUAUUUUCAAAGUCCAUUGACAUAUGGCUUUGAAACUUUGCACACUUGUUCACCAUCAUGACCCCAACCUGUAUACAGGAGGAGGUAACUGUAUAAAGCAUUUGGCAGAAUAAUGCUCCUUUUUCCACUUAGAAUUUAUAUUUAAGUUUGCAUACCACCUCAGAUAUUUUCAUAUUCUAUUGACAUCUGGCUUUGAAACAAGUUGAUAUUUUAUAACUCUUCUUUUAGAGCAUAAUAGGACUUUCUUCAAGGCCUAUAACUGUUACAGGUUUAAAAAAAAAUUGCCUUUUUGUUAACUUAGAAAAUUUUACAUUAUCAAGUCUGUCCAUCUGUCUGUCCAUCACAAAACUUGUCCGGAAUACUCCUCAUAAACUACCAGUGCAAUUUCAUCCAAACUUUACAGUAAUGAUCAGUACCAAGUCUAGUUGUGCAUAUUGUCAUCUAUUUCAGGUUCAAUGAUUUUUGUCAGAGUUAUUGCCC